UCUAGGCUAUCGUUCAGGCAAUGGAGCCAAAAACUCCGAAUAUCACCUUGAAAGUGCCAGAGUCUUCAAUUGUACCGCACAUAGUACUAUGGGUCGUCCAAAUCAUCGCACUCACAUCGCCCGCAGUCAAGGGUCGAAGAUCAAUAUCGAUCAUUCUCAUAAUCGGUCUCGGUAUCUAUUGCAAUCUUCAUCCCCACUUCACCAAUAAUUUUGAUUUGGCGCAGCCCUUCUCCCUUGGGUGGUCGUUCUACACGGCUGUCCUUGCAAAGCUCAUCCUCUCUGGUUCAGAGGGCCCAGAAGAUCACUACUGGAGAGUUGACCAGCCCGCAAGGGAAGCAAGGGGAUACAAUGCAUUCAGUUGGCAGAAGCUUCGAUGGACUUUGUCUUUAAUGUUCAAUCAUCGCGGUAUAAGAUGGAAUCAUCAAGUCAAGAAUGUUCCCGCGGUGUCAACAACUACCAAACAUCGCUUUAUAGUUGGUCAACUUGCGAAAUUUGCAGUAUGUGUCUGUACAGCAGACUUGCUAUAUGAAAUACACCAAAGAGUGAAUUUUACCCCCACCAAUGGCCAGGUCGGUUGGGUAGAUUCGAAAUUUUUGACGAUGAGGCACGAUGACUGGAGAUGGUAUAUUCUCAAAACCUACUCUCUUGCUGCGUUGCCCUAUUUUGCACUUAGCAUGCAAUUCGCGCUCGUGGGCGCAGUAGCUGUUCUAUUUGGUAUCAGUAAGCCGCAGGACUGGCCAUCUCCAUUCGGAGGCGUUGGAGACAUGAGAACUAUCCGUUCGUUUUGGGGAACAUUCUGGCACCAACAGCUCCGACAUAUGCUCACAUCGUUCACCGAUGCAUUUGCGGACGCCCUCGGCAUUGCGCGAGGCACCAAUGUUUCAUCAUACUCUAAGUUAUUUCUAGCUUUCUUCAUAUCGGGUUCAUUCCACGCACUCAGCCAGCUGAACAUGCCGCGGCCUGCAAACAUUACUGCGGAAGAAUGCUCCAUAGGCAUACUUAAGUUUUUCAUAUGGCAAGCUUGCGCUAUUACAGCUGAAGACUUCGUCCAAUGGCUGUGGCGUAAGACCGGGUGGAGUACAACAAGCAUCAGAAAUAUUGGAUAUCUCUGGGUUUUCACGUCUCUGCUGUUGAGUCUUCCACUUGCAGGAGACUGUGUACUCAAACUCCGAAUUGGUACCGGAUCCUUCGCGAAUCUUCCUCUGAUUAAGCUGGCUGUGACAUCACUGAUUCCAAUUCCUCCAUAAUCAUAUCCCAGAAUCAAGAUGGAAUAAAAAAGCAAACCUUAGAUAACAAUGCCGUCAGAUCUAUGUUUCUAUUGCAUCCAUUACUCUCUAAGAUCUAUCUUUCUAUUACUCCACAAGCUUCCCUGUAAAAUACAAAGAUUUCUAGUAUAGAAUUCCAGACUACUUGCUUCUAAUUUGCUACUCUCAAUCCUAAUGGGUUUAUCGUAGAGGUCGAAG